AUGGCUGAAGCGCCGGCGAAUGAACCCGAAAGGCCUCCUCGUUCCAAUGGCCUUCGUGUGAGAAGGGCAAGGUCAGCUCUGUGGCCUGAGAAAGGGGCUUUGUGCAGGGCUCUGGAGGAGAGUCGGGAUGUUAGGGCUGUUUUCCGGGCCAACAAAAAUCAUUUGCUGGCAUGGCCAAAGCCAGACCUGGUUGGUGUGGCUUCUCUCAGGGCUAUGGCUUUGAAUGUUACGGUGCUGAAAGUUUCCCUGGAAGUAUGGGCAGCGACGAGCCCCAUCUGCAAAAGCAUGUCGGUGGACUGGCUGAAGGAGGAGGUCACCCAGGUGCACCUGCUCCUGAACCCUGGGGUAUCGAAGCAAGCUGUCGGAAUCUACGUAGAUUCCUGGGGCAUUAAGCGCCUCUCGACUUUGGCAAUGCGCCGAUGGAAGGCACCGAUUGCUACUUUGCGAGAUCGGUCUCUUCGUAUCCUCUUCUAUAUCAUGACGGAAGCUUGGGGAGAGUAUGCUCCUGAAGUCGGCCUCCCGCCUGGUGAUGGCUAUGAUGAUGGGGAUGAUGAUGAUGAUGCAAACGAUGCUGGUGGAGUUGGUGCUAUCCUCGAGGGUGCAGAUGAAGAGGCUCCAGGGGCCAGUGACAGCAUGGAUCCAGAUGGAGAGCCUCUUGAAGAUGCCGAGGCUCUAGAUUCAUCAAUGGCUCCAGAAGCCAGUGAUGUCUUGGAGGUUGCAGAUGCAGUGGCUCCAGAAGCCAGUGAUGUCCUCGAGGUUGCAGAUGCAGUGGCUCCAGAAGCCAGUGAUGUCCUCGAGGUUGCAGAUGCAGUGGCGCCAGAAGCCAGUGGUUCCGCCGAGGUGGCAGAUGCAGUGGCUCCAGAAGCCAGUGGUUCCGCCGAGGUUUCGGUUGCCUUGGAUGAUGAGCUUCAGUCGAUGCAGGAACAGCUGCAAGCCCUAGAGAACCUAGGUAGCACAUUAUAUCGGCCAUAUGCAGGUUGUUGCAGCUGCAUGGCUGUCAUCAGUUUGCAAACUUAA